AAACUGUUGGAUUUCUUGUGACUGUCUAGCUUUUGGGACCCUGAAAGCAACUUAGAUCAAGCUGUCUAAGGAAGUGCCCAGGUGGAACAGGCAACAUACAAGGAAAUUCUCAAGGAGAAGCUGCUUGUUCGCUAAUAUUUGACGGACCAUCAAGGAAAUAAUAGAGGACCUAUUAGUGCAAGUCAGAAGCAGUGGAAAUGUGGAGGAAAGCCAAAGGCUGGUUUCUGGAUGAGACGUGUAUUCAAGGAGGCAUUUCCUAAUUCAUCUGUCUUUGUGAGUAAUAAGUCCUGGAAGACUGUACGAGAACUGUUUACUGGACACCAGCCUGACCAAGGUCUUUAGCCUCACGCAACUCUUUCCUGGUGAAAGACACUUUUUCUUUGCACCGAAGGACCACUUUCAUUCCAUGUGGAACUGAGACCGUGGAAUGCUCUAUUAUGGCAGCAGCUGUACAGCAGAAUGAUCUGAUGUUUGAGUUUGCCAGUAAUGUCAUGGAGGAUGAGCAACAGCUGGGUGACCCAUCAAUCUUUCCCGCUGUCAUUGUGGAACAUGUGCCGAGUGCGGAUCUCCUGAACAAUUACUCUGGUUUAUCCUGUGUUGCCGAGCCCAAUGACAUGAUAACGGAAACGUCACUGGAUGUCGCAGAAGAAGAAAUCAUAGAAGACGAUGACAUCACCCUCACAGUUGAAGCAUCCUGCCAUAAUGGAGAUGAGACAAUGCAAACCAUUGAAGCUGCUGAGGCCCUUCUCAAUAUGGAUUCUCCUGACCCAAUGCUUGAUGGGAAGAGAUCAACACACGUAUUUGGGACAGAGGAUGAUGUUGACAUUGGUCCUAUUACUCAAGUGUCAGUAACACUGGAUGGGAUCCCCGAAGUGGUUGAGGUGCACCAAGUCCAAGAUGCAUUUGCUGAAUCACCAAGCACUCUAGCACUUGAGCAACCAAAGAAGAGAAAGGGGAAGAAACCCAAAGCUGCUCGAUCAGAGUCACCUACGCUGACUCCAAAUAUAUCGGUGAAAAAGAAAAAUAAAGAUGGGAAGGGAAACACAAUUUAUCUCUGGGAAUUCUUACUAGCACUGCUUCAGGACAAAGCUACUUGUCCUAAAUACAUUAAAUGGACUCAAAGAGAGAAGGGCAUUUUUAAAUUGGUAGAUUCCAAGGCUGUUUCAAAGUUAUGGGGAAAGCACAAAAACAAGCCUGAUAUGAAUUACGAAACAAUGGGCAGAGCCCUCAGGUACUAUUACCAAAGAGGCAUCCUGGCCAAAGUAGAAGGGCAGCGUUUGGUCUAUCAGUUUAAAGAAAUGCCAAAAGACCUAAUCUACAUUGAUGAUGAGGAUGAUCCAAGUUCCAGUACAGACUCCCCUGAUUCCUCUCUACUGUCAGCACCUCUGGCUAACCGAAACCAAGUGGGCAAGGCCAAAGUGUCUUCCAAUAUGGGGGCAAGAGGCGGAUCUACUGCUGUUUUAAAGAUACCUGUUAACCCCAAGUCUACCAAACUCAAGCAGUCUGUGGAACUGCAGCCUCCUAUGGCAUCAGAAAUGUUGAGGACAGUGCCGUCAGCUCAGCCAGUACAUCCAACUCAGCUUUAUCGGACAGUUCAUUUAAUGCAACCAGUGCAGUCCAUCCCAGAAGGACACACAGCUGUCACUGGUAACAUGAUGGAAGACACACUGAAUCCUUCUGUUCAGAAUAUAAGGGCCAUUCAAGCUCCUGGUCAAGUUCCGGUGGUCGUGUCCCCUGGGAACCAGCAGCUGCAUACUGUGACACUCCAAACAGUGCCUCUAACAACAGUGAUCGCCAGCACUGACCCGACAUCGGCAACCACACCCCAGAAGUUUAUUCUGCAAGCCAUCCCAAGUUCGCAGUCCAUGACUGUGCUUAAGGAGAAAGUUGUACUGCAGUCCCCAAAGUCAGUCUCGCCUUCGUCAUCCAUCGUCUUGAGUCCCGCUCAGGUCCACCAAGUUCUCACCAGCAGCGUGCAGACCAUUUGCAAUGGAACAGUCAACGUGGCGUCUGCUCCAUCUUUCAGCUCUGCUACCCCCAUGGUAACUUUCACCCCCAGCAGUUCGCAAGUGAUUCCUCAGCCAUCCAGCACAGUGAUCACCUCGGUCAUCAAAGCGCCUGAAAGCAAACCAACUGUUAUACAGGGAGUGAUAAAAUCAGAAGCAGAGGAGAGCACAGGGGAAGAAUGUCCACACUCAGAACAGAGCUUCCAGCAGCAGCAGCCUUUUGUGGUGGUGGUAUCAAGUUCGAACGGGAUCUCCUCCGCUGUGCAAGUGAAGCAAGAGAGCGAACAGCUGGAGCAAACACCGUACUAGCAAAGCGAUGACUCUGUGGGACAGUGGUUUUCUUAACGUGACGGGACUUCAUGAAAUGCACAUGUAUCAUUUGAUUCCAAAGCUGUCAUUAUGAAGAUACUUUAAUUUCUGGAAAUUAAUUUUAUAAAUAAUACUAUAGAGCUGAUUUCAGUUUUGUAUUACUUGCUGAAUUAUAUCAAAUAUCAUUGAUUCAGAAUGCAAGCAUGAAGGAUCAAGCAGUUUAUUUUUUUUAAGAUUUAAAGAAUUAAAUUUCUUACACUUCAUGCAUUGUUGCAUCUUGCAUAAUAAUGUAAUCAGUGCUAUAAUCCAUGCUUUAAAGCAAUAGUUAUUUUCUAUAAAGGUGUUUUUCUUUCAUUCCAUUAUAUGAUUCUUCUAGCAAAUUCCAAAGUUCUGUUUGGGGCCAGUGGACAGAACAAUGUUUGGUUUUACAAGGACAAUAAAAAGUGGACAGUGUGAAUUUAAUUUAUGUUGUAUUUUGCCCCAAAGGUUGCCCAUUGUGCAAAAAAGGGAAAUGUUAUCUUCCUUAUCAAGAAGUCAUUUUAUAUUUAGAUAUCUUCUGUUUUUAUAGCACACAUAUAUAUGAGGUACCUGUUCAACAGAUUUGAAGUUACCACUCCAGGUGCAAUUAUUUUCAGAUCAAUUUAACAAUAAAAUGUGUUUUUGAUUUCCCAUUUUUGUUUAAAGAAGUAAAAAAAGUAUAUGGGGCUUAUGUAAGUAUUUUGAGAUUUAAAUGUUUCUAUAAGAGUACUUUUCUAUUGUAAAUAUGUAAUUUAAUUUCUCAAAAAAACGUUUUUCAUAAAAAUGUUUCUGUAGAGCAAUAUUUUAUAGAUACAAAUAAGAUCAUUAUGUUUAGAGCUCUAAUGUUAUAUGUAUUCAUAUAUUACAGAGUGAAUUUGUAUUUAAAAACAAAAUUUUAAAUUGAAUGACCCAUUUGAACUUUUUGUAUUUUAAUUGGUUUAUUAUGGAAAUAAAUCAAGUACAACUUCUUUGUACUUUUUUAUUGGCGA